CGGUGCGGGACGCGGCGCAGACGCUCGCUAGUCGCUAUACGCCUGGACGCGGCUAUCGGCCUGGCGGGGCAGUGCCAGCGGUGCCAGUCAAGCCGGAGUGACAACGUCGGAGUGACCGCGUCGUGAGCUGUCAAAUUGCCGUCUUCGCUUGGUAUCGGUAGUUCCGCAAAACCAACCGCGUGGUUGAUCCUCGAAUCCGCAGCCGCCUGGUCCGAAAGCACACGGGGGGGACGAUCGGGACGAUCCUAAGGAGACGGCGGACGCGCCGUCGCAGGUGGCAUCGGGAGUAACCACCGCCGCCGUCGAGAGAAAGUGACGUUCCGGAGUCGGCAGCCCAUGGCCGGUAGCUUUUCGCGAGCUCUCCGAGGUCCGUGAGGGCCGCGAGUCCCCCCCGAGGUUACCGCACGUCGCGCGUCGAUUGGCUCGCCCGUGGCCGUGCUGCGAGCUCGCGCCAAUAGCUCCGCGAGCGCACGGGCCAGGCGGCCCCUCGCCCUCGCCCUCGCCAUCGCCAUCGCCAUCGCCCUCGCGCCGCGCACCGUGCCGGUUCGAGGAACCGGACCCAGACCCGCUCGGUGCCGCUCGGCUUUAUCGAGGACGUGCGCACGGCACCGCUGGACAUCCUCGCGAAAAUGAGUCUCCUGUCCUCUUCCAUCGGCGGCGUCCGCUACCACGCGGACGAGGACGCUGACCAGAAUAUGCUCCAGGAUCUACAGUUGGCGGCGGAGCUCGGCAAGACCCUCCUGGAACGGAAUAAGGAGUUGGAGAACAUCAUCAAGUUGCACCAAGCUACCGAGGAGGAGCAGACGCAAGAAAUCGAGUACAUGAAAAAGCAGAUUGCCGCCCUGAGGGAGGUGAAUAAUACACGGCUAAAAGUCUACGAACAGCUGGAAGUUAGCGUGCAAGAUCUGGAACGUGCGAAUCAUCACCUGGUGAUCGAAAACACGAGCGAUAAGAAACUGAUCAAAAGCCAAUCCGUGACUAUCGAGAAUCUGGAAGUAAGAUGCGAGGAGCUUCAGAAGAAGAUUGACGACCUGACCGAACGACUGCGCCAGCAUGCCACGAGCCCGUCUAGGAAUAAUGCGCAACAACAACAUCAGCAACAACAACUGCAGCAGCAACAGAGUACCGAUUGGGAAACUUCGGAUACGCAAGGUGGCAGCGAGAAACAGAGAGCUGCCCCGAGCUCAUCGAAGUCCUCCCAAGAGACAAUCGAAGCUACUGCGACGAGUGACGAAGAGAUGACCACAUUGCUGACGCAGCUGCAGGACGCUCGUAAUCAAAGGGCUAGGGAACAGAAGAAAGUAUCCGAACUCAGUCAGCAGCUGACUACCUUGUUGCAGGAGAACGGCGCAUUGGAGGAACAAUUAACGGAGUGGCGUAAUAAGGCGCAAGAUGUAAAGAGUCUGCAAGACGAGAUUAGCACCUUGGAGGAAGUCAGACGAGGUCAGUUAUGCGGGCGUUGUUUGCGCGGCAUGGACACGAGAACGCACGACGAACUUUCCAUAAUGUUAGAUCAGGAAGAGUAUGACGACAUAAGUAUGGCCGAGUCUUUAAUCAGCGAGAAUCAGCGCGACUCCGAAUUGCCUGUACAGGAUACAUGCAGCAAAAAUGAAGGUACCGACGAACUGGACAGCGCGAAUCCUUAUCGGGUCUUGGUAGAGAAGUAUCAGGCUUUGUUGGAGGUGCAGAGACACUGUCAGCCUCGUCGCAAGGACGCUACACCCGCGACAUGCAUGUCGUUGCAGGAAGAGUUGGAGAUGUCCGGAGAAUUUAACAAUUUCUAUCCCGCUGCUUCCGAGGCCGAGGUUGCUGCUGCUCCGGAAUCGAUCAAGACCGCCUCGCGAACCAAACCUGAGAACGCCGGCAAGAAACCCUUCUCGGCCACUCCGACAGAUUUCUCUGAAGCCGAGACGUCGUCUUCAGGGUUCUCGGACGAGACCAGUAACAAGGCGACGCAGACAGACGGCAGGCCGGGUUCGUUCCUAUGUUCCAUUGCUGACGGCGAAGACUGCAAGUUCAGCAUUUAUGAUGACAACAGUCCGUUCGAGAGCAGAUUUCGCAAGACGCCCGAGUAUCGACAGCUCUUCAGCGAGAUCUUCAGCGUUUUGAAACGGGCAGCUGAGGCGAAGGAUGAGGGCGAGAAGUUGCCGUUGCUGGACGAACCCGCUACAUCGCAGACGAAGUACGACGUGUCGUUUCAAGAAGAUUUACAAAGCGAAGCAACGGAUGACAAUCAAAGCAUCAUGUCCUCCAUGGUAUCGUCGGUGGUUUCGGAACCAGUCUUCAGGGUGCAGUCCGCCAGCCCGGCCAACUCGAAGGACAGCAAACAAUCUGACAAGUCCAACAAUAUCUCCGCGAAUCAACAGCCCGCAAAGGACGCAAGCUGCAGACUGGAUUACGUGUCUCUUAAUUUACGCGUUCGCAAGAAGACCUCGACGAAAAAGAACGCCUCUAAGAAGGCGCAAUACAACGACCGGUCGACCACACCGGACGUUAUUCCCACGACGAAUCCGAAAUUCGUCCCGGCCAAACCUAACAGCGGCCGAAGAAGAUUCAAACCGUUCAAUCCUGCCGAGCACGAGCACUCCGGUGCGUGGAACGGUCAGCACAACGCAUAUCCGAAUCGGUCAAGGGAUAAGAAGCUGUACGGUCGUGGCUCAAACGAACAGCAGCAGCAGCAACAGCAGCACAACAAUUACGAGUACAAGGAUUUCAAACCUAGCACCGCGUCGGAAGAAGUGGCUCGGCUGAAGCGAUUAGAGAUGUCUUAUGCAGAAGUUCUUCGUACGCCUAACAACAAAUCCAGAGCCAAUAAUCAUCAUUAUCGUAGAAACCAAACGGGAUGAAUGAACGGACGGAACGAAGUUCGUACAAGAUCUAGAGUUUUAUAUUUGGAUUUCGAUUGUAUCCUGACUAAAAUAGAGAUGUCACGUUGAUCAAGCAUCAUUCAUCCCGUGAUGAGAUCCAGUAUUGUUUUGUACUUUCUUGUAAAUAUUCAAUGACGCGGAUACGUUUAGCGGCAUGUUUCUAUAAUAGGCACUAAUUAACGCGUCCGCAUCUUAGUUUUAAGUUUGAACAUUUCAUAUUUCAUUGUAUAUCCCCUUUCCUUCCACGCGGUGAAUGUAUAACGAUGAGUAUUGACCCCCUGUGGCAUCGUCGUUAGUCGUUACGGAGAAGAGAAAAAUUUAUCCAUGUGCCAUUUACUCUCCGUGUCAAAAUAUCAACUUCCGAUUUUAAAACUCGCACUACUCUUCGAUAACGUAUAACUUUCUCCCGGGGAGAUAGUGCAUGUCAGCAACAUGCGUGGUGUGUUAGCUUUUGUAUUUUAUAGAUAUGAAUAUUGUGAUGAUGUUGUACGUAUAAAUAAAUAAAUUCUUUAUCGUAUUAAGUCGCUCUUCCCUUUUUCGCGCUCUAUUGAGUAAGGUGGUGCAAUUUCAAAUGUAGUACAAAUCUGAAUGAAAUAAAAUUUGAAUCCAAUUUUCGAGUUUAAGUUUGGUUCUUUCUGAUUGGUGUGGUUCUUUUUAAUACCCUCCAAACAAUGAGAUCAAAGUUGCUAAAUUCGCACUUGAAUUUAGAUUCAUAUUUUCUUUUUCUUCUUUAAGGUCCUAUAUGGUUUUUCAACCACUUAUAAGGUUUCACAAUACCACGCGAUAAGAUGGAUCUACUGAUUCAAGGACAGAGACCAUACGUAGUCAAUUUUUGUCUCGUAUCAAAUCAAAGUCUCAUAGAUCUUUCUAUAUCUUUAUGACUUAAUUACGAUAUCGCGUAAGACACAUUAGAGCAAUAAUGCUCUUUAAACGAAGACACAAUUUUAGUAUUUAUCAGCAAGGUGUUCUCCUAAAUGCGAAAAAUCGCGUAUAUGGGGCACAGGUGGAAUCGAACUCGAAUCCAUGGAUCGCGAGUCGAUCACUCAGGGCAUGUUGCCACUCGUGCCACCGAUUUAAAUCUUAUUCCAUUCAGAAUUAUAUCCACAUUCGAAAUUGUACCAUUUUAUCCUCUAUACGUGAUUAUUAUAAAACGGAUCCUCAGUGAGAAAAUAAAUU